UAGCUAGCCCAAUUCACUUUCGUUCCCUCUUCAAAUGGACAUCUCUUAUGGUUAUUGUUCUAUACUACUUUAAGAAUUUCCAGAUUCAUUCAAAUCAGAAAGCUAAUAUGCGCAAGUCAAAGCAACUUAAGCCCACUAACAAAGAAACAUUAGCCUCUCUCAAAUUCCUUAAUUCAUUCAUUUCUCUAUUUUUUGGUAAGAUGAUGAGAAAAGUAGAAGCCCAUUAUGUUUGAAAGAAUUUUUACGAAAAAUAGGCGCGCAGUAUGAAAAGUUUCCUAAAAUGUCUAAAAGAUCAUAAAUUAUGUCCAUCGAAAUAAUCUUAACGAUAGUUUUCAAGAAUGUUUUUAAAGUAAUUUAAGCAAUCUUUCAACUUAAUUUUUAGUAAAUGCAGCCAAAACUUAUUAUUUAUUUAAUUAUUUUAAUGACCAUUGUUAGAUCAUCAUUAAGUGAUUUACCCAGCUGUAGCCGCGCAAAAUGCGUACAUUGUAAAGUAUAUUUUAUUUUACAAAUGUGCCCUAUUGCCUGCAGUAAUUGCCCAACAACAACAGAAGAACCGAUAAGACAACAAAACAAACAUUUCUUGACAGCGCUUAAACCUGUAAUAGACAACGAAGUAAACAGCAAAGCAUUCUCUCAGCCUACAAUAACAGUACCAUAUGCACAACAAAUCCCGACAAACUUAAAUAGAAACAAGCAACGCACAAAUAAUUUACAAAGACCGUCAAAUUUAUUCUCACAACAAAAACAAUUUCAAGGAAAUAGAGAACAGCAACAUGGAACAAUUUUAAGAAAAAACCCAAUUUUUCAAGAUUUGCAAUACAUACAAGAACAACCACAAUAUACUUUUGUCCAACCUUUUCAACAGCAACAAACACAAAAUUAUAUUGGAGGAGGUGGUUUUUAUGGAGGACCUAUUCCUCAACAGCCGCAAUAUCCUAUCCCUCCUCCUCCACCCCCAACAAAUUUCCAACCAUUAGAAAUUCAAAAAGAGCAGCAACAACAAUUCAGCAAUCCGUUCCAACAACAAACUUACCAAUCGGUUCCAAUGCAACAAUUCUCUCCUUCAAUAACCCCACAACAAAAUAUCCAACAAACUUUUGAACAAAAUUUCCAAGGUAGUCAAGUUCAUUCUAUUCAAACACCAAAUAAUCAACCAAUACAAAUUCCACAAGUUGUCCAAAAUAAACCUCAACAAACACAGUUACCUUCCAUAUUUUCCCAUCAGAUUUACAAUCAGCCAAUGAUGAGUAUAGACGAAAGACCAGCUAAUAUUAUGCAUACAGUACCAAACGUAGCAGUACCACAACAAAAUUUCCAAAAAUUUUAUAAUAUCCCACAACUACAGCCGAUUGAUGGAAAAGUAGGAAAUGGAUGGGCAGACGAAAAAAAUAUAAUAGGCAAUAGCAUAUUAUCUGGAGGAGAGAGCGAAGAAAAGUGUCCAAAGCAAAAUUGGGAGCCUUGUGUACCAAAAGAAUUAGCAAAUAGACGAUUUCAAAAUUGUUGCUCACAGUUAGGAGAAGGCUGCUCUCAAUUAUGUAGUUAUGACCAAAACCUUACUAAUAUUCAACUUGCAGUGCUAACUGGUCGUUGUCCCAUAAAUAAAGUCGCUGACAUGAUGCUUUGUGCAAGCGGAUAUGAGGACGCAACUCCUUGUUGUCAAGAAUUCAAUGUUUUCGAGGCUGGCUUUGAACACUGCCGUCCCUAUUGCAACCCAACUGGUGGACUUCCAAAUGACGGAAUGUUAGUAGAAAAAUACAAAUGUCUUCAGAAAUUGCAGCAAAUACAAAAAUGUUUUUAUCUAAGUCAACGUCCUUAA